AUGCACGUCAACCCAAACUAUGGCACCCGGCAGCGACGACGCCACCUCACCAGCGAACAGGGCGCAGCCGACACCCUCACCGGCCAGGCGGACGGCACUGAUGCGGUGGCAGGCGGACGCUCGCUCGACGGACAGGCGAGGCAGGAACUCCUCCUCAACAGGCUCGCACACGCGCGGGAACGGCGUGCAGCCAUGCAGGAUGGGAAUGCCAUAGGCGCUGGCGACGCCAAUGCAGCUGUGGGCGAUACAGGGAGUGACACUUCAGUUGGCGCCAACGACAGCAACCAUGGCGAUACAGGCGGUAAUGGUGGCAAGAUCAGCAAAGGUCAAAGCAGCGAUGGCACGGACACAGGAGUAGCAGCAGCGGCUAACGGUGGUGACGGGAACGGGGCGAACGGGUCAGAAUCAGAGGGCGCAGACGAGUCUCAGACGAAGAAGACAACGACCACCACGACGGUUGCCAAGCCAUUGGCAGAGGUGCUCAAUGCCGAAGAGGGGGAUGCUGAUCUCGCCCAUUUUGCAGACCUGCAAAUCAACUUUUCGCUCCAAGCGCCUCAACAAGCUCCUCACCCAAAAUGUGAGUGGGUGUGGGUUGCGUCUCAGUUUCAGCAGCAGAUGGGGGAGAUUAAGAAGAUGCCUGAUCUCUCAGACCAGGAAAAGUCCGCCCACAUUCAAGCACUCAACAUGACGCUGAAGCACAUCAACAACACCUUCAACGCGUAUGUGCGGAUGACACACGACCUCCAGUCCGUCCUCGACAGCGAUUUCUCAUCAUACGAGGCAAUCAAGCAGUGGCAGGACAAGUAUCUCGACGACCAACGGAAGCGAAUUGCAGAGCUCCAAGUGCAGGCGAUGCGGGAGCACGCUGCGCUCGAGAAAUUCCAGGAGAACCAGCAGAAGUUGGAGGCGUUUGAGGAUGCGAGGAAGGGUACUGCCGCCAAGCGAAACUCCGUGGACCAGGUCCUCAGUCGCGUCGAGGACAAAGCGAAAGCGCUGCAGCAGUUCCUGGACGACCACGCCUACAUCAAAGCGCAGCACGUGAAGGAUUCGUCGCUGAUCACCGUCGUGAAGAUCGAGAGCCACGACGAGUCAGAAAUGACCGCUCAGGAGGAAAAGUCACGCAGAAAGGGAAACGACGUUGCACACAUGUCAUUCCUCGUGGACGCAGACAACAACCAGUAUGCGCUGGCCCGCCCCUCGGACACGACGAAUCUGCUUGAGGACUUUUCCCUCCUCAACGAUCUCUUGAGUCUCCUCUUUGGCUGCUUUGUCGCCGGCGCCGCCUGCCAAUACCUCAACCUGCCUGGGUUUGUUGGGUAUGUGAUUGCGGGCACGCUGCUGGGCCCUGCUGGCCUCAACAUCAUCACGUCGGUUGUGCAAAUCACCACGAUUGGGGAGUUUGGCGUGUUCUUCGUUCUCUUCACGCUCGGAAUGGAGUUCUCUGUGAGCAAACUGAAGGAGAUGUUCCGGAUUGCGGUGAUUGGCUGCACGCUCAUCAUGGCUCUCACCAUCACCGCCGUCUGCUUCAUCGGCUCAUACCUCGAGCGCCCGCUCUCAGAGACGCUGUUUGUGGCCAUCGUUGUAUCGCUCUCGAGCACAACCGUCGCCGCCAACAACCUCACACCAACAGACCACGAGCAGCCCUACGGGCGGGGCCUGCUCGGCGUGCUGCUGAUGCAAGACGUGUAUUUGGGCGUCAUCAUUGCCGUCCUGCCCCUCCUCGUCUCCUUCGAUGAGAUUAAUGUGAUGGACAUUGGGCGGAUCACGUUUCGUCUCAUCGGAAGUUUUAUCCUCCUAGGGCUCAUCAUCAUCAUCUUGAGCAAAUUUGUGGUUGAGCGACUGAUGCACCACCUCCACUCGCUGGACAUCCCAACGCGUCUGCUCGCCAUCAUCUCCAUCUGUAUCCUCAUGCUCAAAGUCACAGAGUUCAUGCAGGUGUCGAUGGAGCUUGGCUGCUUCGUUGCGGGCCUGAUGUUCAGCAUUGCCGGUGGCCGUAUUCAAGCAGAGCAUGCGCACGACGGCGUAUCGUCGAACCUGUCGCGUAUUCUGCAUCUGGUCGAUCCCGUCAAGGACCUCUUCCUCGCCAUCUUCUUCUCCUCCGUUGGCAUGCACGUGUACCCCACAUUUCUGUACACAAAUGCGCUACUGCUCGUUGGGCUUGUCGCCUGCACGCUCGCCGUCAAAUACGCAGCCUCGUUUAUUAUUCUACACUUCUUUGUCAAGGAAGGGGACGCGCAGACCAACCACGUCAUCAGCGUUGGCCUGGCCCAGGUGAGCGAGUUUGCGCUCGUCUUGGCCGGACGUGGAAGACGAUUACGAAUCGUUUCUCAGCCGGUGUACUUUCUUCUGCUCAGCAUCACCUCUGUGACGCUGCUGCUGGCGCCGAUGCUGUGGCGCGCCUUCCACCCGCACAGGCGAACUGUGCACUCGCGAUCCAUCACCCACGUGCAGGCGCCUGCGUAG